UUUUCAUUUAAUUUUAUGUAACACCAAGAUGAGGUUUUUGCACUGAAGACUGUUUCAUUGAAAUUUUACCUACGUUAUGGACAGUCAGUUUAUGUGAAAGCCCUCAUUUCUCCCCUUUUCUGAUAUAUUUUCCAUUUGGCUAUUAUAACAUAUACCUUGGCAUGAAAUAAAAUUCCAAAUCCAUUCACAUAAUAAAAUUAAUACAUUUAAAUUAUAUUUUUUAAUGUUAAAAAGAAAGAAAAAAAAACCCCAGACUCCUCUACCUAUUAGGCAUUUCUGUGGCAAUAUCUAAUAGACUCCUUAAUCAUGACAUUGAAGAACUGAGCUGAUUCCAGCCCCUUUCCACCUGCUCAGCCCCAUCUUGUCCCAUCCCCUGUGGAUGGAGAGGACAUCCAUCCCAUUUUCCAGGUCCAGAUGUUGGAACCAUGUUCUCUCUCUCUCUCUUUCUCUUACACACACACAGACAGCAAAUCCAGCUUGUUAGAAAAUUCUGGCUACUCUGAAAUCAUUAACCACAUACUCCCUGUUCCCCACCCUCCUAGGAGCCACCUUCAACCCCUUGUUGGACACCAAUUAGCCUACUUCUUCCAUCUUUGCUUUUCUACAAUCUCAUCCACACAGAGUCAGAGGGAGCCUUUAAAAGCAUACAUUGAGGGGGUGGGUGUAGCUCAGUGAUACAGUGCAUGCUUAGCAUGCAUGAGAUCCUGGGUUCAAACUACAGCACCUUCACUAAAAUAAAUAAAUUAACCUCCUCCCAAGAAAACUCAAAACAAAAGCAUAAAUUGGACAUCACCCAUCCCAUCAAAACUCACUAAAAGGGUCACCAUUCCAUUAGGAGCCAAAGUCGUCCCAAAGUCUUCGAGGACCCGGCCUGCUCUGCCUCUCCGCCCACACUCUCCCCAUCACUCUGGGGGCCUCUGGCUCCGGCUCUUCCUUCUUCCUCCGGAUCUAUUCUGCUUCAAGUUCAUUACUCCUUGAGAUCUGCCAGGAUUGCCUUAUUCCCUCCUGCCUGCCUCCCACCCCACCACCAUCACCUGAGUUUGCUCAUAUCACUCUUAUUUUUCCCCAAGCUCUUGCUACCCCCAUCAUGUUGCCUGUUUUCUCUGCUAAAACUCUGAGCCCCCAGUGAUGGGGAGUCGUGUCUAUUUUGUUGACUAAUAAAGCCCAAGAGCCUUGGGAAUGGGUAUAGUUACUAGAUUCCCAUAAGUAGUAGGAGCUUAUACAGAUUUGCUGAAUGAAAGCAGAGGUCCUGGUCCAAUUCGAUGGAGCACUUCUGUGUCCUGCUCAAAGAUUAACUCUCCUUUCCUCCUGAGAGAGGGUGACCACUUCCUUGGUGAUCAAAGAUUGAACAGGAUCCAGGGGGAAGUACCAAGCCUGUCCCAUCGGCCAUCCUGUGUGUCAUGUCCUGUGACCCAGAGGAUGCUCAGCACCCUCCAGCUGAAGAAACAGAUUGCCUUAGGUACAUGAAAGGUGAGGACACCUACUAUCCCCAUGGAGCGCAGGUGGGGCUGGGAGUCUGCUGUUUGUACAGCCGGUGGGCUCGUGUUGCUUUGGGCAUCCCUGUGCCUGAAUUCCUGCAGUACACUCGGUGCCUGUUUCCUAAUCUGCAAAACUGGAAUGAUGUUAACCAUCCCGCAGUGCAUUCCAUGGUGCAUCCUCGCCUAGAAUUGAGUGGAAGCAAGUCCAUCUCAGAAGGGACAUACCUGAAGAGAAAUGGCUUUCCAGACUCUGAAGGGCAGAGAAAGCACCAGCCUGGGUUAGAGAAAGAGAACAGCAUCUCUGAGCCCGUCCUGGGUGACCUCACAGAGAUCACCCUAGUGGCCCAGGCUAGUGACCGGGAACAUGUACCUUCCUGCAGCCAACCCCAGACGUCCACUGAUGCAUCAUAUACUGGCAAAGAUCCUGGCCUGGGGGGGUGUUGGCCGCCGGAGAUUCGCCAGAUGUUGGACUCCAGCUUAACCACCGGAAGUGGGCAGGAUGUGCUGAGGGGGCGGAGGCAGCCGCCAAGGCAGCGACGGAGGGGGCUGUCCCUGGCCAGCCGGUCAAUUUGUUCCCAUCUCAACAUUUGCUGUCCCAGUUUCGCAGGACGCCCUUCUCCAGUUUAUCCUUCUCCUGGGAGGUGACAUUUUAGGUUAUUGGGUCCCAGAUUGCUGGCACACUCAUCCCUGUUCUCAAACAUCUUUUAAACUUGGGUGAAGUGUUAAGUUGGGGAAGAAGAUGAUUUACUGAAAGUCUCCCGAGAAGAGAUUCAGACUGAACAGCUUUGUGUCGGACUUUGGAAGACCGCUGGUGCCCAAGGGGUUCUCUGGCAGCACAAUGACGAAUCUAGGUCCCUCUUUCACUGCUACGUCAAUGAAGUGGACCGCAUGGACAAGGCCAAAGCUGGUAUCCCAACCAUAGCCCUUGACAGUGAUGUUCGGCUCCAGGAAGCCAUCAGAUGCAGCAGGUGGCCAGAGAAGGAGCCUAACGGGCUCAUGAAAUGUGACACCCCCAGCUUCAUCAACACGGACCAGAACUCUUCCUUUGGGGAAGAUGAUCUCCUGAUUUUGGAACCACCGAUUGUUCUAGAAAAUAAGCCAGUUGCCCAGACCUCACACAAAGACUUGAAUUGGAAAUGUGCUUUGUCAAGUGUUUCUCUGAAGAUGUGAAGUCUGUCUUUGUAUGGCAGGAAGUCCCCUUUCACAAAAUUGUAUGUGUUUGUGUCUGAGAGAGAGAAAUGGAGACAGACAGAAAGACGGAGACAGAAGAGAGCCCCCUCAGAAGAGAGCUAGUUAAGCACCCCAGACUGACGAAGACAGUGGAGAAUGCCUCUGAGUUUGGCACUGAUUGCCUGGAGAAUGCUGAAACCCAGGGAAGUGGGCAGCACAGACGUUUACUCAUUUAAUCCUGCCAACACAGUAGGAGAUAGAGUCUACAUAUUCCUCGCUACUUAAAAGAUCCCUGCCUUCUCUCUGCUCCUCCUGUCCAUGUCUCUCCCUCCACUUUUCCCCUUCUCCCCUCCUCCUCCCAUCUUCUCCGUCCCUCCCUUCCCCAACUUCUCUUGCAGAACACAGAGAGGAUCGCUGGCCCUCCUGCGCAUGCGCAGUGUGUGCCAGCUGGACCGAGGGUUGGAAGCUGCAACUCCGAGCCGGGGAUCGGCCCCAAAGGCUUCUCAGCUCUUUCGCCCGCUCAGUGGUGUGGGCGCUGCUCCCCGGGCUGAGAGCCUCCGGCUGUGAACCCCAGCUUCUCCUGUUGGAGUCGGGAAAAGGGAGCGUCAGUGCUGAGCGAGCUUCCGUCUCCUCCCUCAGUGUUUCUGCCCCAGUACGUUUUGGUUACUGAGACCCUCGAAUUCCCAUAUGAAUUGUAGCAGCAGCUAGUCAGUUUCUGCAGAGGAGACCGCAGGGAUUGUGAUCGAGACCACGUUGAAUAUACGGAUCGUUCUGGGGAGCACUGCCAUUCCAAAAGCGCUGUCUUCUGAUCCAGCAAUGUGCGUGGUUUGUCCAGGUGAUAAUGCUCUGGCUGCUGAAUGUGCCCUUUCCCCAGACUUGGUUUUGGAGUUAAGUCACCAUCAGUGGAGCCCUCUCUUUAAAAGAUGAAGAAAACAUUUGCUCCUUCUCCCUGGUUGGGGACUUGGAUGAGAUGAGGUGCCCUCACCUCCCGUAGCAUCCAUCCAGACACCGGAACUGACACUGGCCGUGCUCCGAACUGCCUCAGCCCUGAAGACACAACUGACAAAUAGAAGGGGACCACGCCCUGUUACAGCAGGUGCUCUCACUUUGUGGAUCCUUAUGUAACUGAGCGGUGUUAAUCAGGAUUGCCCGUUCUACAUUGUGUGGCGCUGCUGCGGUGUCUCCUAGUUACUUGUUUCUCUCGCUUUAUUCACUCAGGGGUAUAUCAUGGACGUCCUCCCACUCCAGACUCACCCGGCCCUUUCAGAUAGAUUGGAGGGGUCUCCUGAUGUGCGGGUGUCGUCUCUUGUCCACGGAAACAUUUGGUGGGAGACUGCUGUGGACAAGGCCCUGGACCACGGCGAAACGCCGGCUCCCUCAGCGCCCGCAGCUCGCCUUGAUUUACCGCAUCAUUGUCUUGAUGGUGGACAGUUAAGUUUUCUCCAUUUUCCACUGUCAGAAAGAAUGUUUGAGUUGCAUCCUUCUUGUACAGAACUUCCUGUGAUCUUGUAUGUGUAUUCCUUUAGUUAAGGCUUCUGGAAAUUUAGUCCCUGGAUGUGACAUUUACAUUCAUCACAGACUCCUUUCAAGUGACUAGAAAUUCCUUCUCCAUUGGGGAAUGAAAAAAUGCACAAUUACUUAUGUAACCAAUUCUCUAUCGCUGGAUAUGAUUUCACUUCAGUUUUUCUUCCCACCUUUGUAAACAGUGCUGUGUAAAUGCCCUGAUGGGUACAUCUUUUUGGACUGAUUUUUUUUUCCUAAAGGAAACGAUUCCUAGAAGUGGAGUUGAGUCAGUGUGUAUGUACGUUUUUCAGAGCUUACAAAUCCAUUGAUAUGUCAUCCUCUGAAAAAGUCGCUCAUGAUUUGUUCUCCCACAGAUGGACACUAGCUAGAUUAUCUUAAAAAUAUUUGCCAAUAUGAUAAGCAAAAGUGCUUUUUCAUUGUUUUUUUUGCAUUUGAUGACCAGUGAAGUUUUGAGCAUUUUUCACUCAUUAGUCAUUUGACUUUUUUAAAAUGAAUGAUUCCUUUUGUCCUUUGCCCACAUUUAAGUGAGGGAGCUUCUUGUUGCUUUGUGACAGCUUUUUGUAUGUUAUGAAAAUUAACUUCGUGAAUUCAUCAACAUGUAUCACAGAGCUUUUUCUUGUCAUUUCUUUCCUUUCAUUUUGUUCAGGAAGUUUUCUGAUUUUUGUUGUGGCUCAAACUAUUCUUAGGAUAGUAAAUGUCUUCCUUAUGGGUUUUAUCUUUGACAUUAUUCUUAGAAAUACUCUCUUAUAAUGGAAUAAAUCUCUUCUGUAGGUUUUUUUUAAUCUCUAAGAUGGAGAUUAUAAUAGUACAUGUUAUAGUGAGGAGAAGUUGAGUUAAUAAGAGCAAAGAGUUGUAUUUGCUGUUACUAGUACUUUUUAAUAUUUACAUCGCUAUCUGCAAUUUAUCUUGUGGUCAUUAUGACAGGAGUAGAAUUUAUUCUUUCCAGGUGAUUCUCUGUCCCAGGACAAUUAUCGAAUUCAUAAUUUUCUCUUUGAUUUGAAAUCCCACCUGUACAAAAUACUUACAUACACUAGAGUCUUUUUUGAGCUCAUGGUUCCCUUCUGUCAAUCUCCUUUCCUUACUCCAGCACCAUAUCUUACAUGUUGUAAAAAUUUAUUUAAUAACUGGCAGUCUGAUUUUUUUUGAUUCUUUUCUUCCAUCCCAAAUUUUCUUGUCAAGUAUUAUGACUUUAUUAUUCCUGAAGAAUUCCAAAAUAUUUUGUUCAAGUUAAAAAAAAUCAGAUUGGAAUUUUCAUGGGAUUUUUUAGUAAGUUUUGAAUUAUUCUUAGGAGAACUUACAUCUUUACAAAACUGCUUUUCUCCAUGCAAUAUGUUUAUGUCUCUACAUUCAUACCUCUUACUUUAACCCUCAGUACAGUCCUGAAGUUUCUCCAUUUAGAAUAUGGGCAUUAUUUUUGAAUUUAUUCCAGAUUAUUGUUUAUGUUUUUGUUAAUUUUGUAAGUGAGAAUUUUUUGCUAUUAUAUUUUUAAAUGUUUAAAACUGACAUUUAGAAAGGAAGAUUCGGUUUGUCAAUACUCACUUUGUAACUUGUCAUUUAAAAUUGUAAGUAUUAAGUACUUGUUCCAGAAUCCUUUCUUUUCUGUUUUUUAAAAUUUGUUUCCAAGAUUCUCAAAAUGUUCAUAGCUAAGUAGUAUAGGUGGGGACACAGAUGGAGAGAGGAAGUGUGGCUCACGAACAAACUGUGAGCAAUUUCAUGGCUGCCUUUAGGCUGGAGAAGCCACAGAAGAGCCCAGGUUAGACCAAGGGUGGCUUUGUAUGCACUUGAAAGCCAGCUUUCCUGCCUGUAUGGUGAAGCCUGGUGGGCGUGGCAGGUAGAUGAUCAAGGUCUGAUCAAGGUCAUUGGCUGCACAGAGCACUGUGUCUGUGAGAACUGGAGACCAUUACCAUGGGAAAUGCUUGGCGCCAGGAACACUGCAGGGGAGCUGGGGAGCCUGUGUGUUAAGGAUUUUCCAGCCCUGGGAGUGGGAAGAUGAGACUCUGCAUUCAGAUCUGAGUUUGAAUUCAUCCUCUCUUGUUUACUGGUCCUCUGACUUUUGUCAAGUUAUCUACCCGCUUUGAACUCCUGUUUUCUUGUCUCUCAAAACAGGAGAAUUACAGCCUGCUGCUAGAGUGUUUGAUCAGGGUAAAUGAUUUGUGUCUAUAAGAUGCCACGUACAGUCACAAUCUCAGUGAGAAAUGGGCUGUCGCCUCUUCUUCUGCAACUCAGUGCUCGAUAAGACAUCGGGGGAAAGCCAGUCCCUAAUUUGUAUGUGAUGCAAUGAGGAACAAAAUUAACGUCUUGCCUUUCCCUAGCAGGAUUCUUAUUUCUUUGCUUCAUUUACCUCUUUCCUCCUUUACUCUCCCCUUUCACCUCCUCCACCAAAAGAGACUGAGUCUGUCUCAGAACACUACAUUCAAAUUACUUUAAAUGUUGGCUCAUCCCCAUGAAAUUACAGUGAAAUUAAAAAUAAUCUGUACACGUCCCAGACAUGAUUAUAUUUGAUAUACACACACACACACACACACACACACACACACACACACACAAUCAGGCUACCUCCCAUUUGCUGAGGGAGAAGGACCACUUUUUCUGAGUUUUCAUUCACUGAGCGUGAGAGCAAAGUCUCUUAAGCAGAAAUUCGCCUGGCUUCUUGCAUGGUUUUUUAAAUUGGAUUUCUGCUUUGUGUCCACAGAAAUAGACUCCUAUUAGAAGAGGGGAAGUGGAGACAUAGAUAUUCUGCUGAGAUAUUGGUGUCAUCAUAUUUGAGUUGGAAAGGACUUACGACAGCAUAGAGUCGUACCUUUUUAUGGGUGAGAAUCCAUGAUAGUGUAACUUGGACAAGAACCCGGGUCUUCUGUCUUCAUGUCCACGCGGAUGAAGAGGCAACUGGGUGGGGGAUGGCAGGGAUCCUUACUUGAGUUCCGGGGUCUUGCUAGUUUCCAUUGUUCAGCUGCCUUUAGUUUAUGUCCAUGUGGCCUCUCAUGGGAAGGUCACUCUAUCCUGAUAGAUUGAGUUUCUAAUCAGCAAAAAGGUCUGGACCCACUCAUGUUUCCCAGAGAUUUUCUGCUGACCUGCUGACAGUUUAUAUACAUGAGAUCUUAGAAACUGCUGGAUAUAAAAUCCUUAUUGUUAUCAUUUGCCCUCGAGUUCCACAGGAAUGGGGUGCUGUCUCAGGCUGUCUAAGGCCAGCUCUGAACAAAGAUAGGGUGAUAGGCUGUGCAGCUGGACACUCCCCAGUCGAAUGGGAUUUCCACCUUAGUUUUUAGAAUCAGGCAGAUGAGUUCAAAUCUUACCUUUACCAGUUAUUAGCUUUGUGACCUUGAGGAAGAAACUUUACUUUUUUGGGGACAAAUUUUCUUUAUCCGUAAAUAAGUUCAGUAUUUAUUUUAGGGUUUUUGUUUUAGAAUUGAAUGAGCUAAUUCCCUCAUUUAUUCCUAAAAUACUGAUCACAUGGUUCUAUGCUGGUGACCUAGUGGUUGAUUACUAAGGGACUCAGUAGUGAGAAUGUGGGUGAGGCUCCCUGGAUAAUAGAGCUUAUAUUCCAUGAUAUGCUUGUAAAAGACUGGAUUGCAGUGGAUUUUUAGUAAAUGUCCAUUCUUUUCCUAAUCCCCAUUGAUUGUGUAUAUAUCUUUAUACUAAUAUAUGAACAAUUUUUUAUUGCAAUAUAAGUCUUUUUGUAGUAUUUAAAGUAUGUAGCUAUAACAAAAAUACGUGAAAUAAAAUGAUUUGACUUUUAUUUUCUUUUCAAUAAACAAAACAAAAUAAAAUAGAAAAGAAAAGAAAAAGUUUUGAAGGAGUAGAAAUAAUUUUAUUUCCGUGUAAUCGACUCCCUAUGUUAGGUUUUUCGGUUGUGUUCUUAAACAGCAUAUAAAAUUGACAGGUUUUGACUUCAGUGUUGAUAGCUGGGUGAGUAUAGUUUCUUUUUGUGGUUGUCUUUGAUGAAUUAUUUGCACUAGAUCAUAAAUAAUGUGCAUGUUACAUAUUGGAAACGAGGAAAGAGUGGAGACAUACUACCUCCAAUGCAGUCAUUUUGUUACCGAGUCCAAACUCAUUCUGCUCACCAAAUGACAGGCCAAUAAACUGGGAGAUGAGGUGUUGGAGCAAGGAAUAGUGACUUUAUUUGCAAAGCUGGCAGACCCAGAAGAUGGCAGACUGAUGUCCUGAAGAACCAUCUUCCCCAAGUCAGAAUUGAGUCUCCUUUUAUACUAAAAAGGGGUGGGGCUGCAGUUGGUUGUUGGAAACUUCUUGUUGUAUGAAUUGCUUGUCCUUUGAAUCCGCUGUUCUUGCAGCUGUCCAUGUGGAUCAAAUCAUGUUGCCAUUGUAAUACCUCCAAAAGUAAAACAAAGUUAUUCUCUAUUUUGCAACUUGCCAUCUCUACAUAAGUGCAGAUUAGUUAGCAUCCUUCAAGAUCACGGCCAGGAGAAGAGGCUGUCCUGGAUAUUUCAGUCUAAAGGCAACUUUCUUUUACAAAUGGUGCAGAGAUAGCAAGUCUGAGCCUAGAAAACAGGGCACAGGUUUAAAGCCAAAGGAACAGACCUAACAUGGGGUCAAAAUUGUUCUUUUCUAUUACAAUUCCCUUUUCCGCUUCAUAGAUAAUUUUAGUAAGAAACAUGAGCAAUUUUGUAUUUUUGCUUCUUAAUAACCGAUAAGUGGGCCAACUAUAUUUUUGUGAGCAGGGAUGCUGUGCGGGCAUAGGGGUCACAGCAAACUCUUGUUGGGGGUGGCCGACCCUGGAACAUGUCUGAUGCCCCGUGAGUGUUGGUGAGGGUCCCCUAGCCAGCGGCUCUCUUCAGGAGGCAGCAUAUGGGCAUUGAUAUCUGGAGACCUCAUUUUCGGCUGCAGGAAAUUUUUUAGAUACUGCGAUUGAAAAAUCACUCCAGCUGGGGAUAAUUAGGGAAAAAAGGAAAAGUAAAAGGGUUUGGAGUAGAGUAGAAGAGAAGGACAUCAGAUCACGGAGCCUGAGUGCUUGGCAGCGGGGCUUCGGGGGAGAGGGGAGCAGACGUGGGGAGGGGCCUGGCACCGGAACCAGCUCCUGCACCUGUCAACAUGCCCAAGCCACAUAGCUUUUAAUUGGGCCACCUCUCUGGGCUGGAUGUCACCCUGUGCAGAACCUUGAGAAUCGAAGGUAAGGGGUGGGCAGCACUCACCUAGGGGUCACUGUAGAUUUCGGUCAAGUCCACAGUGCCU